CAGGACAGCCAGGACUACACAGAGAGAUGCUAUCUCCAAAAACAAAACAAAACAAAAGAGUGGUUUGUUUACCCAGUGAAACUGUUGGAGAAAACGAAAUUUUAAUUUGCAGGGGUUAUCAGUCGAAGAUAGCUUCUGGGUUAGGGAUGGGGCACGUGUCCACUUUCAGCUCUGGGACCCCAUCUGGCACAGACCCAUGCAGGCCCAGUGCAUGCUGCCACAGUCUGAGCUCACGUGUGUCACGCUGUGUCUGGAAGGCACCGUUUCCUCGGUGGCCUCCGUCCCCUCUGGCCCUUACAGUCUCUCUGCUGCCUGAGCUGUGUGUGUGGGGGGGGGGAGAAGAUGGAGGCAUCCCUCUUAGGACUGGCUGUUCCCAGGCCUCCCACUCUGCACUCUGGCCAGUUGUGGGUCUCUGUGUUUGUUCCCGUCUACUGCGGGAGGAAGUUUCCAUGAUGGUGGCUGAGCAAGGCACCAAUCUAUGAGUAUAGCAGAAUGCCAUUAGGAGGCAUCUUAUCGCUAUGUUCCUUUAGAAGAACAAUAGGAUUUGGUUUCCCCCUAGGUCCCUGGCGUGUCUAGCCUCAGGUUCUUGGCCACCUGAGCAGUGUUGGGGAAAGGCUCCAUCUCAUGAAACAGGCCUUCAAUCCCGUCAGACUGGGGGGUGACUCCACAGCUUAGCGCCGCUGCUGCCCCAUGCCUCCUGCAGGCAGACGGCCUCUGGAGACGGGAGGCUUUGUGGCUGGGUUGGUGUUAACCUUCUCCUCGGGCACGGUGCAGAGCAUGUUCCAGUACGGUGAACGCCAGUCCCAGGGGCGAAGGCCCCGGGUAGGCACCGGUCAACUCCUCUGUCCGUGUCCAGUGAGUUGUGUAGGUGUCGGUCUUCAGCAGUCGGGCCUUACUGUCGGCGUGUGGAGAGCAGCCAGUAGCCUUGGCAAUGGACUGGAUUGUUUGGGGUUCCCAUGGGGCCCCUUUGGUCAACACCUGGAUGAGAGGUAACCCACCCCUGGUACAGGAAGCUUCAUUUGGUGACAGGAGAUGCCCAGUUGGGGCUCCAUUCCCCGCUACUUGGACGGACGGGGACACACACACACACACACACACACACACACAGAGAGAGAGCCUUCUACUGUAUUCUACUUUAUUUCCAUACGACCCUUAGAAGAGAUAAUUCUUACCAGCCUUUCUUCAGCCCUGAUUACUGCCUCGUGGGAACCAUCUCCAAUGGCCUGUCUUCUCUUUGGUCAGGGAGGCAGUCAGGCAAGCUUUUGUACAGAAUAGAAAAUCAAAGCCCAAGAGGCGGCUAAGAUUAAGUGGACGAGCAGGUAAUGGUCGAUGCCCAUUGGCUUCAGGCCAGUUCUGUCGCCCACGUUCGAGGCCGUAGUCCAGACCGCGGAGCUGUGCCCUCCCAUGACUGACUGUUCUCUCUGCAGGUGCUGCAGACUCCACCCCAGGGGGCCCCAUGGAGGCCCCGGCACCCCAGCCGGUGAAGCAGGAGAGCCUGUCGGUGGAGGCCCUGACCCUCGACUCCCCGUGGCACCGCUUCCGCCACUUCCACCUGGGUGACGCGGCCGGGCCACGGGAGGCGCUGGGGCUGCUCCGUGCCCUGUGCCGCGACUGGCUCCAGCCAGAGGUGCACACGAAGGAGCAGAUGCUGGAGCUGCUGGUGCUGGAGCAGUUCCUGAGCGCCCUCCCCGCGGACACCCAGGCCUGGGUGUGCAGCCGCCGGCCGCGGAGUGGAGAGGAGGCCGUGGCGCUGCUGGAGGAGCUCUGGGGCCCAGCAACCUCCCCAGAUCGGUCCUCGGCAAUGAGGGCACCUCGGGAUAUGACAGAAGGCUCAGGGGUCGGUGUUGGAAAGGAAGAAAGUGGCGUGAUUCCCUUAGGAACCGGGGCCUCCGGGACAGAGGUGCCUGCAACGGGGAGCGCAGGGGCCACGCGCCCCUACAAGCAGGAGCCGGGCAGCCCCCCACCAGCCCCGCCGGCACCGGUCCUCCCCGCCUUCCUGGCGGCCCCAGGCACCGUGUCGUGCCCAGAGUGUGGCAAAUCGCCCCUGAAGCCGGCUCACCUGUUGCGCCACCGCCAGAGCCACUCGGGCGAGAAACCGCACGCGUGCCCGGAGUGCGGCAAGGCGUUCCGGCGCAAGGAGCACCUGCGGCGCCACCGCGGCACCCACCCUGGCAGCCCCGGGCCCGCGCUGCGCCCCCUGCCCGCUCGCGAGAAGCCGCACGCCUGCUGCGAGUGCGGCAAGACCUUCUACUGGCGCGAGCACCUGGUGCGCCACCGCAAGACGCACUCUGGCGCCCGGCCCUUCGCCUGCUGGGAGUGUGGCAAGGGCUUCGGGCGGCGCGAGCACGUGCUCCGCCACCAACGCAUCCAUGGCCGGGCGGCCGCCGCCCAGGGGACUGCAGCACCAGGGCCGGAGGGUGGGGGUGCCUUCCCGCCCUGGGCCCUGGGGUAGCUGCCGUUCCAAACCCCUGCUGCAGGGCGCCAUCCCCUUAGCACCCCGACCCACAUCCCUACCGCCUCUUCCCGACCCAAGCGUUGCGUUCCCUUUCGGGCCCCGUGUCCACUCCUUCCUCCCUUCUGGAGUUCUCAGCUCUCACCUGCCCCUACAAAAGACCCUCCUCUCUCUCCCUCAUCCCAUCCUCUUUUCGUGGAGGGGAGACCUGCCCCAGGACACCCUUCAUGCGGGAAAAGGAGCUCAGGGAAGGAGCAGAGCCCCGACCCAACCCCUCCUGCCUCCCGAAGGAGGCAAUCUUGGACCCCAGGACAGAGUCGGGGCCAAAGGCGAGAGGAGGCAAUAGUUUCCGAGGAGCAGGCCCGGCCCAGGAUCUGGUUCUCUCCACAGUUCAAAGGCAGAGGUGCCUGAGAAGCUUGUCACAGAUGGCAGGUCACCAGCAUCAGAGAGAGUAAUAAAGUGACUGACUCAGUGUGUA